CUCCCGCGUCCCCGCGAUCCUUUUCAGCCCGGUCCGCCCCGGCGGCAGACAUCCGGCGGACGGGCCGCCGCCAGCCGGGAGAGGGGAGGCGGGUCGCCGCGAGGGCCGCGCCAUGCAGCACAGCGCGGCGCCCACCGUGCUGGUCACCACCAGGCAAAUUCAGAAUACUCACACGGGGCUGGAUCUGUCAGUGCCAGAAUACCAGGAAAUCCGUGGGAAGAUGAUGUCUGGCCACGUAGAGUAUCACAUUGUUGUUGUUACCCGACUGGCUGCCUUCAAAUCAGCAAAGCACAAGCCUGAGGAUGUGGUUCAGUUUAUGGUUUCCAAGAAGUACAGCGAGAUAGAAGAGCUCUACCACAGGCUGGCAACACGAUAUCCACAGGCUUCUCUUCCACUCUUACCCAGAAAAGUUCUCUUCGUGGGGGAGUCUGACAUUUGUGAGCGAAGAACAAUGUUCAAUGAUAUCAUGAAAUCCAUCUCGAAAGAUGAGGAUCUAGCAACAAGUCCUGAGUUACUGGAAUUCUUAGGAAGAAAAUCUACUAGUGUCGUUGACUUCAAGAGUAAAAACAUUCCUGAUGACAAGGACAAAGAAGAUGAAGAAAAUGAGGCACUGGAUUUCUUCAAAGAGGAGAAGACACCUGACUUAAUCUCACAGCUUGCAUCAGUGGAAAAUGCCAAAAAGGGGCAGAGAAAAGAGGAGGAAGAAGAAGAAGAAGAGGAAGAAGUUUUAGAUCCUCUUGGUAUAAUCAGAACUAAAAAAACAAAGAAGGUAUCUGCUUCACCGGCCAAGAAAGAGAAGCUCAAAUUAACCAUUUUUGAAGAGGAAGUCGAUCCAGAGGAAGGACUGUUUGGCCCAGAAAAAGAUUUCUCAUCUCUUGGUCCCAGGAAGAAGAUGAAAGAAAAUCUGAAAUUAUUUGAAGACCCAGACCUUGGUGGAGUGGUAGGACUGGGUGACUCACUACUGCUACCAGCUGCCGUUAAGAGCAGGGAGUUUGUGCUGAACAGGAGUCCUGAGGAGGACACUGAGGAACUGCUGAGAGUUGAAGAUGAUUUAGAGAAACUCUUGAAAGUAACCUCCAAACCAAAACCUAAGGUACCAUCAAAACCGCCACUACCUCAGAAGCCAGUAGUUGCCCCCAGGAACAACGCUAAUUCAUCUCAACUGGCAAAGCCAAAGGAAGACAAGAUUCAAACAAUGAAUGAAGUGGACAUUCUCCAGUAUAUCCAGGAAAAUGAAUCUACCAACAAUGAAGAUACAAGUCUCUUCUGAACAUAUAUAUUUUUAAAAUGUAGUGAUGCCUUCUUGGUCCAAACUCCCGUUGAGCUCAAGUCAUAGCAGCAAGAAUUGGCCAGAUCACUUUACUGUCACAGUGUCCAUUUAUGUAUCAUGAUUCGGAGAUCAGCAAGUCUGACUUGCUGAAGAAUGACCUGAUGCUUUCAAAACAGUGCAGCUGUGGUGUAAGGUUGCCUUAGAUUUUCAGGACUUUACAGGGGAUGUGGAUAAGGACAUGGCACUAUUGAUUAUGUCUAGUACAGUCACAUGGCAAAUCAUUUUAGUAUCAACAGCAUAGUUUUGACCAGUUUAGUCCUAAUUGAAAAUGGCAGGCCUGCAGCACAUGUGACAAGUAUGGGUAGUAUCCAACAAAUGGUCUGAAGCAGGACAGAAUGCUGUUUCUGCCAUUUUACACAAUAUAUUUCAGCUCACUGGAAAGAUUUUCAUUUUCUCCUAUGCAUUAUUGUAGCAACCCUUUCCUCCCCGACUGGUAUUUCAGUAAUGUAUAACCCAUAACUGUUAAGUAUAAGUAACAGUUCCUUUGUAGUUUGGAGAAAUACUGAAAUCCCACGUAAGCCUGACUGUUCUGCUGACUUUUUAGUUGCACAGCUGCCAACUUGUAGGAGAGGUAGUAGGACUGCAAACACUAGGCGCUAUGCAUCUGUAGCUCUUGGGGAGAAUAGCAUAUGGCUGAAGAUGGCCAAGAGUGCAGCUCCAGACAUACGUGGACAUUGCCAUGAGUAGGAGAUUUGGAUGCUGGAGGACUCUUGUGAACGUACUCAAGAUUCACAAAGGCUAACUUCUUCCAGGCAAGUUUUCCUAGACUUCUCCUAGAGUCAGUGGAAAGAAAGAGAGUCCUCCAGAAGGUGAUUCAGUGCAGACAUCCUUAUUGAGGAACUCUGAAUUCCUCUCUGGAGUCCCCAUCUCUUUCACUCCCUCCCUUCUAUAAUUUAAAGAAGGAGCCAUGGUGAUUAAUUCCACUAAGCCAAAAUGAGUUUUUUGAUAAAAAAGGUCUCUUCAUUACUGUGGUAAUCCUUAGAACAAGACAGGAAUAACUUUGGGAUUAGCCAGAAGGGAAAAAAGAAAAAGGAAGGAAAUAUACUGGAGAAAUUUUAAUAUGCAGGAAAAGUAAGAAAUACAUGGUAGAACAGGCAUCCUGGACUACUUGUCUUCUGCCAGGACUCAGACUCACUAGCUCAGCACACUGAAUUUACAUGUAAUGGGGCUUGAUAAUUGCUGUUAUAUAGAAAGAGACUCCUGAACUCCUGCCACCUGUGAUCUAUACAAGUGUGGAGAGAAGCUCCCCAGAGGGAAAAUAAUAAUAUAUAUAAGCCAUAUCACUAUGCCUAAAUCUGCCUUUUUAAUAUAGAACAGAAUGAAUAGAAAGCCUUAUAAUAUAUGCCUAUAUUUUUAAUAAUGAAAUUAUCUCUGUCAGUAUUUUUGCUUUAAGCCAAUGAAAAAUAUGGUAAAAGGUAUUUUGGGUUGAUGGGACAAGUAAAAUAAAACCAUUGGCUCUGGUUUAUGUAAAAUGGAUUUCAGUAUAUUAAAACAUUUUGCUAACCUUCA